GCACUUCAGGUUUCUAACUAUUGAUGCACUGCCAUUACAAUCGCCGCUGGUGUACCAGCAAGUGAAAUAGUUGACGAAGAGCAUGGUGCGGAAAGUAGGACCGCUACCUUAACUUUGCAUUAAGAAAGGGUGCUGAGUCGCGACAUUAAAUGGCCUGGAUUUAGCAUCCUUAGCUGGUGGCAAUCGUAGAACCUGGUAUUCUCCGAGCAAAAAUGUCCCUCCCAUUGCCGUUACACUUGUCGUCUAGGUCUUUGGCGCACCCCUUUACAUUUGAAAAGGUAACAACUCUACAAGGGCGCUACCAUCUUGCUAGUCCUACCUUCAACUCAUGCAACAGCGGUGCUUGGAGAGCCUUGAGGAGGCGCCUUACUGGGCGCGACAACGCGCGCAUCGCAAAGGUUUCUACACAUGCCACGGCAGAUGACCGCGCGCCCAAAACGCGCGCAACCCGCAAGACUCCGCGUAAGCUAGGCGCUGCGCUCCCACCACAGUCGUCCCCAAUCGCAACUUCACGAUCCUCUUCUGCAGCUUCUCCCUCACAGCGGGCGACAUCGACACCCAGCAGCAUGCGCCGAGCUAAGAGCAGCAGCAGCCCCACCCGCAGCCCCGCUGCCCCACCCACAGCAUCCGCAGCGUCCGCAGCAGCUGCAGCGGCGGCCGCGGCAGCUGCAGCAGCUGCUAAGCAACUCUCUCAAGGCUUUCCCGGCAGGCUCGCGGCCCCCUCCUCCUCCUCCUCCUCCUCUUCCUCUUCCUCCUCCUCCUCCCCCACCCCUCUUCCGGAACUUCUGGCCGGCCUUCCCCCCGACACCCUUCUCGCCCUUCUUCGCGGCAUCCCCCCUCCUAAACCCACCUCCUCUCCCUCUCCUCCCUCCUCCUCCUCCUCCUCCUUCCUCCUAGGCCAGCAUCCCCCCUCCGCCUCUUCCUCCUCCUCCGCCGCCCUGCCCGCCCGCCUGCUGCCCCUCCUCUCCUCCCGCCUGCCCACUCCCGAGCUCCUGGCCACCUGCCGGCUGCUGCUGCUGCACCUGCCGCAGGGCCGCAUGCGUGCAACCCACCUGGUGACGCUGCUGGAGGUACUGGGGGAGCGGGCGGGCGGGGGGGCGGGAGUGGGAGCAGGCGGAACGGGCAGGAGGGGCGGCGGCGGCGGUGGUGGAGAAGGAGCAGGAGGCAGCAGGGCGGAGUUGAGGCGUGUUGCAGGGUGUGUUGCGGAGUACCUGUUGGGAUGUUACAGCAGCAGCAGCAAGUACGAACACAGCGGGGGCAGCAGUAGCAGUAGCGGUGCUAGCAGCAGCAGCAGCAAUGGCAGUGGCGCUAGCAUGGAUGGGAGUGUGGGUGGUGCGGGUUGCGCGGUGGCUCUGCGGCUGACCCCCGGGUCGGUGAAGGAGGCAAUGGCGAGGGAGCUGCCGGCGCUGCUGCCGCGGCUGCUGCCGGCGCUGGCUGCGGUGGGGUACGGGGGGCAGGACGUGUGGCUGUCCUGCUGCCGGCUGAUGCACUCCCACCUGCGGGACUACUCGGGGCAGCAGCUGGCGGCGCUGGUGGGGGCGAUUGCGGAUGCGGAUGCGACCGCAAACAGGGCGGCAGCCACGGCAACACCGGGCAGUGGCAGUGGUGGCAGUGGCAGUGGUAGUAAUAGCAGCAGUAUCUGGAUACGGCAGUUGGAGCACCCGGCGUUGCAGUCGCGGUUGCAGCAGCUGGUGCGGGAUGGGGGGCUGAGUGGGGACGCGGCGGCGGCGGUGGUGCUGGGAUUGGUGGUGUGUGGAGGAGGGGGAGGAGGGGGCGGGGCGGUGGUGGAGAUGGAUACGGUGGCGGCGUUGGUGAGACGCGCGCUGCAGUCUCCCGCCUCCCUCUCCCCCGCCGGCUGGGUGCAGCUGCUCACCGCCCUGGGUCGAGCCUGCGAGCGUUACAGCCCGGGUGACGGCGGCGGCGAGGUGGCUGCGCUGAUGGAGCACUACCAGGGGGGGCUGCUGGGGGCGCUGGCGGCGGGGGUGGCGGCGCGGGCGGAGGGCGGGCAGCUGGGGCUGAGGCAGAUGGCGGAGGUGGCGCUGGCGCUGAGCAAGCUGCGCAUCCGGCAGGAGGGAUUCCUAAAGGCACUCGCCACUUCCGUCACUCGCGGCAUGCGCCGCCGCGAUGUGGAGACGCGGGAGGUCACACUAGCGCUGCACUCGGCCGCCUUCUUCGCGCACCGCUCCCCGCACACGCGCGCGCUGUUUGUGGGAGCGGCGGAGUUCCUGGGACCGAGACUCAUGAGCGGGG